AUGGCCAGCGAGGGCGUUCCCAAGGAUCAGGGUCUCCCCGACCCCGAAAGACAAUACCUAUUGGAAGGUAAUUCCCGCUUUCGCCGACUCGGCUGGAAACGCCUCACUGUCAUUUCGAUCGUAGAGGCAAUUGCUCUCGGAAGCCUAAGCCUGCCUUCUGCCUUCGCCACUCUUGGCAUGGUCGCAGGUGUCAUUCUCACCGUCAGUCUUGGUUUGAUCGCAAUGUAUGCAGGCUACAUUAUUGGACAGGUGAAACUCAAGUACACCCAAGUCGCCCACUAUGCCGAUGUUGGUCGGCUUCUUCUAGGAAGAUUUGGAUCAAAAAUCUUCAUAGGCAGCUUCGUUGCCCUGCUCAUAUUCGUCGUUGGAUCGCAUUGCUUGACCGGCGCAAUUGCAUUCCAAACCAUCACCCAAAGCAAUUCGUGUUCGCUUAUCUUCAGCAUUGUAUCUGCGGCAAUCCUGAUGAUACUCGCCAUUCCUCCGGCAUUUGCAGAAAUUGCAGUCCUGGGCUACAUCGAUUUUGCUUCUAUUAUCUUGGCCAUAGGUAUCACCAUGAUUGCAACCGGUAUUCAAGACUCGAGCGAUCCUAGUGCCUUCACUGCAAGUCAUCCUCCAUGGUCCGCUUGGCCUAAGCCUGGCACUACUUUCACAGCGGCCAUCGUGGCCGCCAAUAACAUUGUCUUUGCGUAUUCCUUUGCCGGCUGUCUGCCAUCGUUUAUGGAAGACAUGCAUACGCCUGAGGAUUACGUCAAGACUCUUUGGUGGCUAGGAGGCAUCCAGAUUGUUAUCUACACUCUGACAGGGUCGAUAAUCUAUGCCUUUGUGGGUCAGGAGGUCCAAUCGCCUGCUUUGCUAUCGGCCGGCCCUCUCGUCUCAAGAGUCGUUUUUGGAAUCGCGCUCCCCGUUAUCUUCAUAUCGGGAUCGAUCAAUACGACGGUGGUCUGCCGAUAUAUUCACGGAAAGGUAUAUCAGGACUCAUUCGUCCGCUUCGUCAACACCACGAAAGGUUGGAUCACAUGGCUUGGGCUUGUGUUCUUUGUUACAAUUCUAGCCUGGAUUAUUGCGGAGGCUAUCCCCAUUUUCUCAGAGUUGCUGUCCCUCAUUUCGUCCCUGUUCGUCUCUGGUCUGUCUUUCUAUCUCCCACCAGCCAUGUGGUACGUGCUUUUAAGGGAUGGCGCAUGGUAUGAACGACACAAUUUGAAGACUGCUAUAUGUAACGCUGUGGUGUUCCUGGUCGGGAUAAUUGUACUCGGAUGUGGUACCUACUCUAGUAUCGCUGAACUGGUGAGCUUCUUCUCUCGUACUCUACUUGGCUAUUGCUGA